ACAUGUUGAAUAAAGGUUUUUUUGAGGGGGAAAAAACUCGCAAUGUUAAACAAAAAGGUUCCUUGAGCCCGCCCUAAUCGUCAUGUGGUUGAUUCUGGCCAAUCACAGUCCAGCCUUUAAAGGGACAUCAACAAAACACAGCUGUACUGAAGCUGUUGGUUUGUGUUGCGUUAUUAUUACCGUGGCUCUUGCUUUAAAUCGUUAUUAAAUACUUCACAGUACGGUUCCCUUUAAAUACUGUGUUUUUCGACAUAUAUUCAAUUCAAAGUUUGGCUCCGGUACUUCACGCUGCGGGCUAACGGUCGCUCCAACGGUCGCUCGGUAAUUCGACGCUGACGUUAGCUUGUUGUAUAUCUCACCGCUGGAUGCAGGUAUUACAGCAGCUUGUUGUUUAUCUCACCGCUGGACGCAGGUGUGACAGCAGCUUGUUUAUCUCACCGCUGGACGCAGGUGUGACAUCAGCUUGUUUAUCUCACCGCUGGAUGCAGGAGUGACAGCAGCCUGUUGUUUAUCUCACCGCUGGAUGCAGGUGUGACAGCAGCCUGUUGUUUAUCUCACCGCUGGAUGCAGGUGUGUCAUUUGCUCAUCCUGGGUGUGAAGCCUCGGUCCUUGAUGGAUGCUCUAACAUGCUAGGACCAUGUUCAAGAAUGUGUUCGGCUCAGGGUUUCUGGUGAGAACAGCUCAUGUGAUUUUGACAUGGGUCAUAACGCUCAUCCUCUUCCUACAUGAUACAGAGCUGAGGAAGCAGGAGGAGACAGGUCAGCUUGUCCAGCCCGUGCUCUUCGUCCUGCUGGUGCUGGUGUCCGUGUUGCUCUAUUUCGCCGUCUCUCUGAUGGAUCCUGGAUUCAUCCUCUCUGAUGACAGCGACCUACAGUUCACCCUGGGAGUGACUGAGGAGCAGCAGGACAUGAUCCCACCCACCACCAAAUCUCUGCGACAGAGACGCUGCGGUCACUGUCUGCUGCAGCAGCCAAUGAGAUCCAAGCACUGCCAGACGUGUCAGCACUGUGUGCGGCGGUACGACCAUCACUGCCCGUGGAUCGAGAACUGCGUUGGCGAGAAGAACCAUCGCUGGUUUGUUCUCUACCUGGCUGUUCAGCUGCUGGUGCUGCUGUGGGGGCUGCACAUCGCCUGGACGGGGUUCAGCUUCGCGCCCACCUGGCAGCUGUGGCUGCGGACUAACGGCAUGCUGCUGACGGUAGCCAUCCUCGUGGCUCUGCUGUCGCUCAUCGUGCUGCUGCUGCUCGGCUCUCACCUGUACCUGGUCUCGCUCAACACCACCACCUGGGAGUUCAUGUCUCGCCACCGCAUCUCCUACCUCAAACACUGCGGCGCCGACGAAAACCCCUUUGACCGCGGGACCUUGCACAACCUGUGGGGCUUCUUCUGCGUGUGGGGCACUGUGGUGUGGGAACAGGUGUACUUCAGGGAGGGCAGCGACCAGGUGUGAGGACAAACACAAACACAGCUUCAGCAGACUUAGACUGUGUUAAGCUUACGAGUAUCUCUUCUGGAUUCAAGGAGAACACACUCCUGUCCACAAAUCUGGAGAAAAACAAAACGUGUGUGCGGUUUACCUCUCCAGAGACAUGUGUGAAUAACUCUACAACUUCUUCCUUCUUUUACAAGAUCACCCUGAUCCAGCCGAACCCUGAGGCACAGAUAUCCUUAUUUAAUACUUUAUAUAUGUGCUUUUACAUGCAGAUAAUCUCUGCAGGAGCUUUUCAAUCAAAUUGAACAUGUAAUAACUAAAAUCUAACUACCUAAUCAUAUUUUAUUAUACAGUUUUGUACAGUUGUUGAAUCAUUUUGACUGUACUUGUGCGAACAAAUCAUUUGGAUGAAAAGGAGCUGUCGAAUCUGAGAAGUCGAGGACCAAAUCUGGACAGUGGCUGGAUCCUUGACCGACAGGUCGUCUAAAUAUUAAUGUAGAAUUGCGCCUUCUUUUCAUAAAAGUAGCUCCUCCCAAGUUGCUUCUGAUUGGUUGACCUUAUCCCCUCCCCAAAGAACUGUGACCCCCCCCAGAGAGAAGAGUGUCGUCAGCAAAACUGAGGCCCCAAAAUACCCCUGACCCGACCUGCGACACCCUGAUCAGGUUUCUGUUUGUGGUUCAAACUAACCGGUUAGUGAUUUCUCUUUGAUACGAUGGACAAACUGUUUAUUUAUUUAUGUUUUUCGUGUUAUUUAACAGACUUAUUGCACUCAUAAGAUUGCUCUUAGAUGAGGGUGGAAGAUGACAUCCCUGCACUUGUGUAUCGCUGUAUUGUAACAUAAAGUAGGACGGGUAAAUGAAGCACAAAUAUCCAGCCUAUGAAACCAGCAGAGACGUUAGAGGCUCAGUUAGAGGUACCCGGAUAUAUUCGAUCAUAACGGACUGCCAUGAAGCCAGAAAACGUCACUUUUAAUCCCCUGAAGUUUUAAAAGACAAGACACCAGCACUCCAGCGUCUGAUUUAACAUAUUUGUUUAUAGACAUGGACUGAAAUCUAGCUGAAUGUGAGAAAAACUGUGGGUUAAACAUUUCCCUGACUGCUGCUGCUCACAGGAUGAGGAACCAGCCCUUCUGAUUUGAGAUUACACUCAAACAUACUCCUAAAAUAUUCUACCGUCACUUUAAGACGUGCAGAAGGACUUGUAAGUUGCAAAAUGUGUUACUUUGAGACAUUUAUCUCUCAGAGUAAUGUUAUUUUUCUGUGGCUCAGAUUUCCAGAGCUGAAUUUUGUCCCGAGGCGGCCCCUGAUUGUUUACAACCAUCGAAGUAUAACAAAUCCCUGAGACACACAAUCACCCGCUCUGUCUCCAGGCUCUUCUCUGUCCCACUUUAAGGCUCUGAGUGAAGCCGGUCAUUAAAACGCUCGACUCCAUUCGACCCUCAUUCCUGCGUCCUCCGCUGAAUCAUUCAUGUGGGUGGUAAUUAUGUGUGAAACUCCUCCUGCAAGACUUCUGCUCUUACACAUGCUGAGUGACUGUUACUUUAAGAGGUGCUGCAGUGUUUCAAACCUGGGACCUUGUUUAUCUGUGUUUUUUUGUCCCUGACAAGCCCAGGUUAUUCUCCUAAGAGUCUGACAACAUUACAGAAGACAGGCUCAGGUUGUUCUCCUAAGAGUCUGAUAACAUUACAGAAAGGAUCCUGUAGAGAGAGAGCUUUAUGAGGAAGAGGAAGAGGAAUUUAACCACACACAGACGUGACAUCACUUUCUUUAAAGCCACCAGACCUCAUUCAUAAAAACUCAGAUUUUACCACAAAUACACAGCAGUUCCUGGUCGAUCACUUCCUCAUUUCCUCAAGUUUAUUUGUGCUUUUGUGAGACUCUCGAUUGUUCAAAAGGCGAGAACUCAUCCAACUAAAUGUUUUUGUAACAAACAAUAACACAGACAACAAGACCAACUGAGGGAGCGGUAAACAAGCAACUUCCAUGGAGUUUGGUGGCUUGGAAUACGAUCAUUUAAUGUCGGAUUCAGGCUAAAAAAAUCCUCUUCCUCUUCCUCAUAGAGCUCUCUCUGUAUGGAUCCUUUAACACAGAAUAACAGGAGUUGCUGGUCUACCCUCGCCUUGAUCAGAGAGGUUUUUGGGUUCAUUUAGGUUGCGCAAUUAUUUUAAUCAGGGCAGACUUCAUGAUGAGGGAACAAUUAUUUGUUUUACAUGUUUAGAGAACGAGAAAUGGGAAGCAUCGACAGGGAUUAGACUUCAUCAUGUUGUCCUCAUGUACUCAAAGAGGUAGUGAGGCUGAGAGCAGGAAAGGACCCCCCCCCCCCCCCCCCCCCCCCCCCCCCUUAGGAGUCUAGACUAGGAUGCAGGGUGAGCUAAGGAGCUGAGGAGUUGGACACAGAUGAGAUGGAUUGUUGCUGACUAGGAUGGAGGAGGGUUGCAGUGCUUGGACUGAAACGUCGACUGAAAGCAGAACAGAGAUCAGAUUGAAAUUUUUGGCAGCAGCAGGAUGAUUGGUCUACUCGUAGCACGGCGCAGUUUGUCUGUAUGUUGAUCUAGUAAAUGGAGAUAAAGUCGACCAGAGCAAUGAGGAACCAGCACAGGCAUGAGGACGCUAACCUGCAGGUUGUAGACACACUGGAAACCAAUUUGACAUACUUUACUCACAGACUCUCAGAUCCUUUAUUAAACCGUGUUGAAUGAAACGUGCUCAGAUGUGUUUUCGUACCAGUUCAGACCCCGUAAAGGUCCUGGUUUUAGAGACCCUGUGGUUCCUCUUUAAUUCUGCGUUUAUGAAGUUCUGCUUCGUCAGCCUCGUCUUUGUUUAUUCUUCCGUUUGACCCUCACUCCCGCGUCCUCCUCUGAAUUAUUAAUGCUGUCGUGUCAUUAUGCUGAACACUCUCAGUGAGCCCGAGUAUCAGACUGUUAAUGAACCUUGAAGUUUACUUUGAAUACAAACAUGAUGUUUGAACUUUAAAGGACGUGUUUGAGGUGCAGAAACUGAUCUUAGUGAACAACUCUUACUGAUUUAUUUUUGUUCUGUGUGAUACUUCUCUGUAUUUAAAGAUUUUAAAGGAUGAACAUCUUUGAUCUGAACGCCGAUUAUGAGUUGAAGUGAGUGAAACUUAUAAUCCUGUUCUUGAUAUUUAAAUGUGCACAUGUUUUAUCGUUGGAGCAUUUAAUCUGACUGAUGUACAGGAUGUUUUGACUUUAUCAGCAUUUAAAGCUAUUUCAUAUCUUUGUAAAUAUCAGGCAGAACUCUGAGUGCAAUACAUUGUUUCCUUUUAACCUUCUCGUGCAAUAGUAACCCAGCAAUAACCGUGGUGUUGAUUCUCCUGUACAGUGAGCGCUCAUGUUGUGAACUUCUGAUCAUAUGCAAUGUUUUUUUACUUCUUUGAAACGACGCGUCAAUAAACACAGAUCAUUAAACGUC